CCUUUCACCAGGGAGAAACCUCACCGCAGCUGUCAGCCACUUCCAUCGCCUUUACCAUUCCCAGACGCCCGGAGCAGGAACCGUCACACCGCUUUUGGCUCUCCUAUUCGACACCAUGGGGAAACAGAACAGCAAGCUGACCCCUGAGGUAAUGGAAGACCUGGUGAAGAACACAGAGUUUAAUGAACAUGAACUGAAACAGUGGUACAAAGGCUUCCUGAAGGAUUGCCCCAGUGGCCGACUUAACCUGGAUGAGUUCCAGCAGCUUUAUGUUAAGUUUUUCCCUUAUGGUGAUGCCUCAAAGUUUGCUCAGCACGCUUUCAGAACCUUUGACAAGAACGGAGACGGCACCAUUGACUUCAGAGAGUUCAUCUGCGCUCUGUCCAUCACAUCACGAGGCAGCUUUGAACAGAAACUCAACUGGGCCUUUAACAUGUAUGACCUGGAUGGAGAUGGAAAAAUCACACGGGUUGAAAUGCUUGAGAUCAUUGAGGCAAUUUACAAGAUGGUGGGGACUGUUAUAAUGAUGAAGAUGAACGAGGAUGGCCUGACGCCCGAGCAGCGAGUCGACAGAAUCUUCAGUAAGAUGGAUAAGAACAACGACGACCAGAUCUCAUUGGACGAGUUCAAAGAAGCGGCCAAGAGCGACCCUUCCAUUGUAUUACUUCUGCAGUGUGACCUGCAAAAAUAAGCGUCUCGGAAAAGAGCCAGGGACUGCACAAAUGAUUAAUGUUCCAUUCAGUUUGCAGCUAUUUCCACCGAAAAAAAUGCUUGGACUACCUUUCAAUGAAUCCGCUUCCUGUGUUUUAAACACUCGUGUGCAUGAGAAUGUUCUUUGCUAAAAGAUUCCACAUAUGCACCCACACAAACACCUUCACACACACAGACACAUACACACACUGUCAUGCAUACAUUGUAAAAAACAUACAGUACACAAAUGCAGAUCACGCCAUGCACAAAUACAAUUAUAUGAAUAUUAAUAUACACUAUAUUGAGUCAGAAUUAACUGCCAAAAUGUGAAGAUUGUGCAAAGCACCUUCUAUACAGUCUGAAUCCACUGGAGCUUGCGCAUCAUUGAUGUGCUGUAUUAAAUUAUGCUAUACUAUUUAUUGUUCAAGUUUACUGAUGCUAGCUAUGUGUACCAUAUACUACGUAAUGUCAACCAAACUGAUUGUUAUGGUAAUCGUAACUGGUCUGGAUUUACCCACUCAUCUGGAUGAACAAAAAGAUAAGCUUGCGUCCAUUGAAAUUUCCCUACAGAUGUGCUUGUACCGUUGGUGAAUAUAAAUGUAGUUUAUUUGCAUGCCAUUAGGUUUGCCUUAAGAGUACUUCCCUCAUUUCCAUCCUGCUUAAAGAAUGAUCACAAGCCUUAUUUAAAAAAAGCUAUUAAAAUUGAAAAUAGGUUUUGGAAAGGUCUUUAAAUAUGGCGAUGUCAUACUGGACAUCCAUUUGUGAUUCAUUGAUGGCUAUGGGUGGUAUUCUCUCUUCUGUCAGCAUGUACUUCACAUGAGGGGGAUUAAAUAUGGCCUGAAAUCUAUGAGUUCGAUACGACUAAAACACUGUUCUAGUGAUUUUUAAACAUUACAUAAGUCAUAAAAAAUAUUCUCAUAUUAAACCAAGAAGCUGUGCAGUUCACGUUUAAGGCAUUUUAGAAUGCCCUCAAAUAGAAAAUCAAAUGCAUAUCAAUUUGCAUAUACGUGUAUAUGUGGGGCCAAAGUGAAAAAUCAUUUACAGAUGUAUUUUUUGAGGGGUGUGUCAUGACGUUUAAAGUGGAGUAACAUAAUGAGUAAAAUAAUGAUCCUGCCUAAACAUGUAUCUAUUUGAACUACUGACUUAUCCAAGACAAUUGAAACUUUCAAAACUGUAUUUGUUCAUAUGCUUACAUGCUGCUAGGGGUUUAAAUUGUAGGGCCCAGACCUGGGUAUCAAUAAAUAAGUCAAGACAAUUGCACCAAAUGCACAUUUUGAGCACCGAAUCUACUUCUAAAUAAGCACACUUUGUGCACCAUUUGAAAUUACAUUCUGCCUGUGUUAAAUUCGAGUUAGUGUAAUGUAUAUCUUAGGCACCGCACCAAAUUCACGCAAUGGAAACCUUUUCCAAAUUAAAAGUUAUUUUGUACAUGUAGCAUGUAUUGUGCCCCUGAUGCCAUGGCUGCACUACUCGUUGUGUUGUGGUUUAAACUAAUAAAAGAGUAAAUGGGA